AUGAGAAAGUGCACUGUGAUCUUCACCGCUCUCCUGGCAACCAUCUUCCUGGCAAGCCUUCCACUGGGCCAGGCUGUAACCUGUGCCGCUGAUCCUGCGGACGCGGCUUGUAUCGACUGCACGGAUACGGCAAAUGCAUCCAAUGCCGAGUGUACCGAAACCACCACGCCAGCUGCUACAGCCGAAGCCACCACUCCAGCUGCCACCGAAGCCACCACUGCUGCCACUGCGGCGGGUGACAGCACCACAGCAGCCAGCGGAACCGAUACCACUACGACCUCCUCCGGAACGACUGGAAAGGUAAAGAGGAAAAGGAAGUUCAAGAAUGUCCGCAAGUUGCCAAAGGUGAUCACAAAGAGGAGGAGAAACAGGAACAGGAACAACAGGAGGCGAAGGAAUAACUCUAGCUAA